UGCCCUUUCGGGCUCGCUACAACAGAACACAUACAUUUUAUUACAUUCACAUUCACAUUAAGCACUGUUAUAUAACAGAAGAACAAUAUAUAUAUAGAGGAAGAGAGAUGGGAGGUGAUGGAUUAUGUCGGCAAGUUUUGGAUUUAUCUUAAAGGAAGAUCAACGUGGCGGCCGUUCCCAGACGACAGACUAGCAGCCAAGUAGGAAACUGAUCAUGAGACCCCCCUCCCCCGUUUUUCUCUCUCUAUAUAUAAGUAUAUAUUGCCUCUGCAUAUUCCUAGAAAUUGUUUCUGCCUUGGCAUGGGAUGGCAAUUAAUUAAGUAGUACUUUCCGAGUCUGAAAGCCGAAUCUUCCUGGGUUUUGUUCUUGUUUUCAGCUAUAUGUUGUAGUUAUUAAAGAUUACGAGAAAAAUUCAAAAGAAAGAAUCAAAUUUUGUUAAUAUCUAUAUAGCUAGCGUAGAGUGGUGAUCAUCGUCAUCAUCCUGCCAUGGAAGGAACCUGUUUUUCGACGUCAACAAGCGCAGAAAAGCGCAAGCAGAGGCAGCAGCAGCACCAGGAGAAGCCUUACAGAGGUAUAAGGAUGAGGAAGUGGGGGAAGUGGGUGGCUGAGAUUCGGGAACCCAACAAGAGGUCAAGGAUUUGGCUCGGUUCCUACAUAACCCCUAUCGCCGCCGCGCGAGCCUACGACACCGCCGUUUUCUAUCUCCGAGGCCCUUCGGCUCGGCUUAACUUUCCCGAUUUGAUCUUCCAAGAAGAUCGACACGUCAACGAUCUCGGCGACAUAUCUGCCGCUUCUAUACGCAAGAAAGCCACCGAAGUCGGAGCCAGAGUCGACGCCAUCGAAGCAGCUCACCAUCCGUCGCAACCGAAGUCUGGUCGAGUCUCAGAGCCGCCCGAUUUAAACAAGUAUCCGGGCCCGGAAAACUCCGAUGAAGAUUGAAGACAUGACACGCAUAUAUAUAUAUAUAUAUAUAUACUUGGGCAGUUGCUUAAUUAUAGUUUCUUCGUGUCUUUUCCAUCUUCUCAUGGUGUGCCGGAAAAAGAAAAAGAGAUAGAGAAUCUCAUCCGACACAUGCACCGCUAAGAAAAAGAAGAAAGAAGGUUGUGAAUUAAAUAGAAUCAACAGGUCCUGUUUGAUACGCUUAGAUUACCCCCAGUUGUAACCAGAUCAAGUAGUAAUUAGCAGAAAUAGUCUUGUCA